UCUUUAGAAUUAAAGCUAUAUAUAUACAUAAUGAUAGUAUUUACAUAUGUGUAUGUACACUUCAAAAAUUGUAUUGGACACAUUGAAACCUUGUUUCAUUGAUAAGGUUUCAUACAUUAUAACAAUUAACUUAAGCCAUGCAGUAUGCACAGUAUGUGGCAGUAUAAGAAAAGUUUGUUAGAAUGGAAAUGGCUCUCCAUUUUAGUAUUUCAAAUGUUUUUGAUUGCAAAUACAAGUGGCUCAAUAGGUGACAGAUCUCAAUUUUACAAUUUGUGCCUUGCAAAAUGUUAUGACAGCAACUGUGAUACUGAUGAAAACUUUAAAGUAAAACCUUCCUUAUCAUUAAGAUUACUACUGUGGUCUUGUAAAGAAAACUGCAGUUACAGCUGUACUUGGGAUACAGUUGAUUAUUUUACUUCUCAUGGUUUAAAAGUUCCUCAGUUUCAUGGGAAGUGGCCAUUUAUUCGCUUUUUUGGAUGUCAAGAACCUGCAUCUGUUAUAUUUUCUAUAUUAAACUUUUAUAUACAUAUCACUAUGUAUUGGAAAUUUAAAAGAAAAGUUAGAUCUACUUAUCCUAUGUUUUAUAUAUGGUCCUAUUUUAGCUGGAUAUGCAUUCAUGGCUGGUUUUGGUCAGCUAUUUUCCAUGCAAGAGAUACUUCAUUCACAGAAGUAAUGGAUUAUUCUUGUGCAUUUAUUAUGGUUCUUACAUUACUGUACUGUAUGUUGUUGAGAAUGACAUAUAAAAAUAAUAAGCUAUUUGCUGUGAUUACAUGUGCAUACCUUAGUACUUUAUAUACACACUUAUCUCACUUAUGGUCUGGCUACAUUAAUUAUGAUUAUAAUAUGAAAUUUAAUGUAGUUGUAGGAUUUUUAACAUUUGUUGCAACAAUGGUGUGGUGGCGUCGUAAUCGUAAAAGAUUGUCAUAUAUUUACUUAAUUGGAUGGUUCAAUAUAUUAACUGUUCUUGUUACUAUAUUGGAAGUAGCAGAUUUUGCACCCAUUUUUUGGAUAUUUGAUGCUCAUUCCUUGUGGCAUGCUAGUACAGUUCCACUUGCAAUUUUGUUAUAUAGAUUUAUGAUAGCAGAUUGUUCUUAUUUGAAUACGCACUAUAGUAAAUUGACAUUAGAUAUUGAUCAUCACAUUCAUUAGUAAUUUCAUUAAUCUAUGUAUUCUAUAACUGUAAUUAGUAUAAUUUAUGCAGGAAAUAAUAAUUUCUAGAUUUUUAUCUUAA